AUGGCCUAUGCAUGUGACAGCCAUUUGGUGAAGAAUGUAGCUGACGAUAAACUAACUGCAUCUAGUAUCUUCAGCAAAAAGUAUCCUGCCUUUAAAGCCAGACUGUCUAAUGCAGAAGGCUGGAGUCCUCUGCCAUCACAGAAAAAUCCAUGGAUACAGGUCGACUUUGGAAGAGAAAUGAUGAUCAUAGCGGUGCUAACAAAAGGAAUGGGAGGAUUAAGAGAAUGGGUGAAAAAAUUCCAAGUCAAAUACAGCAACACAAAUUUAUCAUGGACAAUAGUGCAGAAUGGUUCUUCAAAUGAAUUCAACGCAAAUACUGACUCAACAAGUUUGGUAAGGAAUGAACUUCCAUUCGAAGUUAAAUCUCGUUAUCUACGACUCUAUCCUAUGGACUGUCAUAACUACUGCAGCCUGCGAUUUGAUUUCAUUGGAUGUGAAGUGACAAAAUCGGAAACUGAAAUUACAUCAUCAAUUACUCCAACAGCAGCGAAAACAACAACAACCAAAGCAGCAACAGCAAUAGCAGCUACAGUAUCGACAACUACCUCGACAGACGAAGUCGAUAAAGUAACAGCUACGUCGACACAAUUUCUUACAUCGACACAUUCUCCAGAUUCAAGUACCAUUAUGUCGACAUCUCAUUGUCCGUGUGAAUGUGUCAACGAACAUCACUCUACUUUAACAAAGGCAGAACUCCGCGCCAGAUUAGUUGGUAUCGUACAGAACCUAACAGUUUCUAAGAAAACAACGUCUUUCUACAAAAGAAGUAAAAUUUCUGCACAAGAUAACAGACCGCAAGUAUUGUACGUGGGAUCUAUAGGGAUAGCUAUUUUGUUUAUAAUUGUUAAUUUAAUUGUUCUACCGGACUUGUUUAAAUUAUUUCAUUAUUUAUAUCAAAUGCGUAAUUUAUGA